AUGUCAUAUCCACCACCUCCCGGUCUUACAUCAUCUUCAGCAUCUUCAGCUCACUCGUCAUUACCUCCUAGACCUCCUCCAGGAGCAGGUCCCUCGCUUUCCUACAAGCCGCCCAGUAGCUUGACCUCCUCUGCAACAGGUUCGAAUAGCUACAAUGGCAGUUCCACUAGCUCCCGUGGAGGAUUCCAGGGCUUCGCCUUCCAACCGCGAUCAGUCACUGCCAAUAUUCAACCUUUCAGGAGUCACAGUCCAACGGUUUCUGCAGCACCCACUUCUUCGACUGGGUUCAUAAACUCUCGGGCUGUCCUUUCCACGAGUAAUGACCAAAAUGUCCCCUCUCAUCAGCAGUCCCACUAUCAAGAUUCUUAUGCUGAGUCAACACCGCCCCAAAUCCAAAAUCCAUUCCCCCUUCCAGGCCAAGGGGGCGCGAAUUACGCCAUGGGACGAGGUCAGGAUCAAAUCGACCCAGAGAUGGAGGCACAAAUUGCACAAUGGCAGUCCGCGUACGCUAGUAGAGAUUCCAAUACUUCGAGUGCAGUGCGGGCUUUUAGUCAUACAUCUUCAUCCAACCCCAAUAUGACGCCUCUGGGGAAUGCUAGUGCUUCUUUCCCCGCAACAACUAACAUCGACUCCGGUGUAGCGGCGGUUAUUACGGGUGCAGAUGGAAAGCAGAAGACCGUUGUGCGCCACGGUGGUGGACAAAGCUGGCAGGAUCCAUCAUUGCUGGAAUGGGAUCCUGCCCACUUCCGCCUCUUCGUGGGUAACCUAGCUGGCGAGGUGACCGACGAAUCGCUAUUGAAGGCAUUCUCUAGAUAUCCUUCGGUGCAAAAAGCGAGGGUAGUGCGCGAUAAGAGAACCACGAAAAGUAAGGGAUUUGGAUUUGUAAGUUUUGGGGAUGGCGAAGAGUAUUUCCAAGCAGCGCGGGACAUGCAGGGUAAAUACAUUGGGAGCCAUCCAGUAUUGUUGCGAAAAAGUACGACUGAGAUCAGACCUACAAUACCAAAAGAUCAUAAAAGGGGAGGGAAAGGGAGUAAGAGGUCCGGUACAGGUCUAGUAGGGCCUGGCCAGGGGAUUCAGAAGAAACAGGGCAAAGUGAAGGGGGGCUUGAAGGUGCUUGGAUAG